CUGCGCUCGAUCAUAUGAGAGCGUGCGGUUAUCGUUCAAUCCGUUUCUGCGAUAGACAGAUUCAAUAGGAGCUUUCAGACAGUAUGAGCAGAAGAAACAGGAAUAAUUACCUUUCUAUAGCCGCUGUGCGGACAAUUGGAUUGGAUUUUAUAGAGAUGCUGGAGGAAACAAACAGGAGAUCCAUUUCGGACAGAAAUACUCUGACAGAUAUCUACAACACAGAGUUUCGAGAUAGGGACGGUGGAGUUAAAGAUCCAAACUUCUCUCGAGUCCUCUAUGCGUUGAGAAACGCCAAUAAAGCGCGCCUCUCAAGAACAGGUCGUGUUUACUUCAAUACUAAUGUAAGAACGGGGCUGCACGAUCAAUGGUUUCGGCCACGUCGAAGACAACAGAACCAAGCUAACGCAACUCCAGGUAAUGUUAGCUCAGUGACGCCUUCUAGUGAUCAGGGGCCCUCUUGCCCAGAGAGUGGAGUCAGAGCAAGGAGAAAACUGGUAAAAUACAUCCUACAGCGACUCAACACUACAGACAGGUCUCAUUUUAUAGCUGAUAAGUGGGGUGUGCGGGUGUCCUCUGAGCUCUAUAUAGAAGAUGGAAAGAUUCGGAUCAGUGUGGAUGAAGCAGAAGUUUAUGAGUUGAAGCUGUUUGUUGAGAACACUGGUCAGGAAGCUGUAUAUUUCACAUACUACACUGCUCUUUGCUGGCUGCAGUAUUUUACUCUGGAAGACAGUCGGAAAGUCACACGCAACAAUCCACUCCGUCUGGAGCCACGUGAGAAGUAUGAGGUGAUUGUGAGAUUCAAAUCCAGUCAUGUUGGAGUUUAUUCGGCUACUCUGGCAUUUGAGUUUAAGAAGAACACCCAGCCCACCACACGUUCCUUCCACAUUGUGCGCUUCAUUGAGGCUGAAUACAGGAGUAAACUUGCAGCCCUGCUGGGUCCUACAGAGCCAUACAAGCCCCUGAGACUCAACAUCUCUGAACCCGAAAACUGCAUAAUAGAUGAGGGUUUUCCACCUGAUGGUUAUCUUCAGAACUUUCUUGUAAAUGUUCUGCCCUUGGGGAAAUACAUUCCUCCUCCUGACACCACUAUACUGGCCGAACUCCUGAAAGAGGACUGUUCUUCUCGGAUCUUCAGGGGGAAACUUAAGGAUCUUCAGUCACUUUUGCAGAGUCCGCUGACCUUCGACAAUUAUGCAGAACGCUUUGAUUUACUGCUGUAUCUGGAAGAGUGUCAGAUGCACGUGGAUAUCAAGAGAUACAAUAAAGACAGUGUCACCUUACAUAGGGACCGUGACAAAAGACUGAUGGGUUUAAAUCUCCCUGGUGUCUCAGAGAACAGGCCUUCAGUCCUGAGAGGAGAUCACCUGCUUCUUACUAAAAGCGAGGAGGUCACUUUUUCAAAUGUGACCAAAUACAAGGGCUACGUCCACAGAGUGGAACUGGAUCAGGUCAAACUGGGCCUCUCCAAAAGGUUCCUUAAAGAUGUAUACAUUGAUAAGAUGAAAUUCCGUGUCGAGUUCACAGUCAAUCGUAUUCCGGUAAGAUUACAACACAGAGCGGUUCAUAUGGCGGUCCAGCACAACCUCAAGGAUGUGCUGUUCCCUAUGGCCUCAAGAAGUCUGAAUCCUGUGUCUCCACCUGCUCUGAGGCUCUUUGAUCGAAAGCUUGAGUACAACUUUCAACAGUACAGUGCAGUGUGUAACAUUGUGGCCGGUACUUCCAAACCUGCACCGUAUCUGGUGUUUGGACCUCCUGGCACUGGUAAAACCGUCACGAUAGUGGAGGCUAUCAAACAGGUGGAAAAGAAUAUCCCAGAUGCCUAUAUUCUAGCUUGUGCUCCAUCUAACAGCGCCGCUGAUCAACUGUGUGAAAAGUUGAUCACUAGUGAACAUGUUGAUGCGCACAAAAUAUACAGACUCUACGCAAGCUCACGAAAUCAAAAAGACAUUCCUAAAAUCCUAAAGGACAACUGCAAUGUGGAUGAAGAGAUGAUUGAUUUCCCAUGUAAAGAGGAUCUAAUGUCCUACAAGAUCCUCAUCUGCACUCUGGUCACUGCAGGCAGGCUGGUCACUGGGGGAUUUUCUGAGGAUCAUUUUACUCACAACUUUGUGGAUGAAGCUGGACAUGCUGUGGAGUCAGAGACCAUCAUCAGUGUGGCAGGAUUGUUGAAUGCAGAGAAGGGACAGCUUGUUUUGGCUGGGGAUCCUAAACAGCUGGGGCCAAUCCUGAGAUCCCCACUUGCCAUUAAUCAUGGACUUGAUGUCUCUUUGUUAGAGAGGCUGAUGACACAGAAUGAUCUUUAUAAGAGAGGUGACGUGGAAUUCGACAACCGCUACGUCAGCAAACUUAUUAUGAAUUACAGGUCUCACCCAUACAUUUUGGAGGUUCCUAAUAGGUUGUUCUAUGAUGGGGAACUGAAAGCAUGUGCCGAUGAGAUCAGCUCUAAUCAAUACUGCAUGUGGGAGCACUUGCCUUCAAAGGGAUUCCCUGUGAUUUUCCAUGGAGUUCCUGGAAAGGAUGAGCGAGAGUCAAACAGUCCUUCUUUCUUUAACAUCUAUGAAAUCAACAUCCUUGUUGACUACUUGAAGAAGCUGCUUCUGACACAGCCCAAGAAGGGAAUCUCAAGAAUCUUCCCCAAAGACAUUGGCAUCAUCGCCCCCUACCGGAAACAGGUGGAGAAGAUCAAACGAGCCAUCGAUGCAGACAAGGACUUCCAAGAUUACAUGGGCAUUGACAACCUGAAAGUCGGUUCUGUGGAGGAGUUUCAGGGCCAAGAGAGGAAAGUGAUCAUGGUGUCGACUGUUCGCAGCAGUGUAAAAUACAUCAGUUUGGAUGAAACAUUCAACAUUGGGUUUCUCAAAAAUGAAAAGAGAUUCAAUGUGGCGGUGACAAGGGCAAAAUCGUUGUUAAUCAUGGUGGGAAACCCCAUGAUUCUGCGGACAGAUGAAAGCUGGGGCCGGUUUAUUGACUUCUGCUUGGAGCGGGGUGGUUACACUGGGAUUUCCAUUACCAGCGUUGAGAGAAUAGAUGAUGUUGAAAGUCGUCUUCUUGCUCUUAACAUCCAGGACGAGGAAACCGAGGAGAGUCCAGUCCAGCGGUAUGUGGAUCCCGAGUUUAGGAAUGAUUACUAA